AAUAAAGAGUUUCCCACAGACGCACUGAGCAGUUCCAGCUGCGGAUCCACAUCCUGCAGGUUCGAACCGUCCGCUGCCGGAGAUGGAGAAGAGCAAAGCGCAGAGGAAACCUGUGCGCCUCAUAGCAGCGAUUUGCAAGGACAGAGGGAUGGGGAAGGAUGGGAAGCUGCCCUGGAAUUUACCGUCUGAGUUCCAGUACUAUAUGAACACUGUCUCGACGGUGUCCAGACCAGGAAGGAUGAAUCUGAUGAUCUGGGGCCGACUGUGCUGGAACUCCCACCCGGACAAUAUGUUCCCGCUGCCCAAUGUUCUGCACGCGGUGCUGAGUACAACCCUGGACACACCUCCAGAUCACGCCCACUUCUUGUGCCAGGACUUUGAGAGCGCUGUGCGCCUGGCUGCAGAGCCCCCCCUCUCUGAUCUAAUCGAGACCAUCUGGGUUGUCGGUGGAACUCGAGUCUACGAGGAUGCGUUGAAGCACCCGUGGUGCGACUUGCUCUACCUGACAGACGUCAUGGCCAGCUUUGACUGUGACGUUUACUUCCCAGAGUUUGACAAAGAUGUAUUUAAGGUACAAGAAAGAUUUCCCGGCGUACCGAGUGAAAUUCAAGAGGAGAAUGGCAUUAAGUACAAAUGCCAAGUGUUCAAGAAAGAGACUGGUGACGGUGUGUGAACAGAAACCCUGGAAAAUCCUGGAAUAAUCCAAAAACGCUCUGAUCGCUAUUUUUUCUCUCUCUUCUCUUUGUUUUUUUUUUAAGACUGCAGAGAUUUUGCUGAAAUUCAAACCCACAGUGUGCCUUUGUGCUUUUAUUCAUUCCAUUAAAUCUCAUUAAGACUCUUAGUAAUUUAGCCACUUUGCAUUCCAGGCGGUCCAAAUGUGACCUCAUGGUCUUUGUAAUCCAUGAAAAACUUGAAACACUGUGAGCACAGACACUUUAUUAGAGGUCCGAGUAUUUUUUGUGUAUUUAUGCGUCCUAAGAUGUUCCCCAUUUCUCUUUGUUAAGAUAUUAGGAUCGGAUCUGGUGUGAAAUAUUCUCCCGUCACCUCGUCUGUGUUCCCGUCUCGUCCUCCUACUCGCUAAUAUUGCAGCUGCACAAAAAAUAUGUUCGUCAGUGAGUCAGUCAGCGACAGCCGGCGCUCUGUGAUCGCAGCAGAUCUGCUUCUUUCUCAGCCAACACAACAGGUGCAGGCAGUUUGGACAGCGAUGAGUUAAUUAUCUCACCGGUUUGCAUCCACAAGACAGUAACGAUCCUGUUUUCACACGUGUGGAGAAAUGUUACAGCUUGUUGUUGAUAAAAAAGGUAAGACGGAUAUUUAUUGAUGAUGGUUUUUAGCGUGUGGCUCUUUGUGAGGUAAAUGCUGGAUUUGUAACCUGUGGUUUUGUUCGGAGUUGGAAUAAAAUUUGCUUUUCUCUCA